AUGGAGCGGGCCAGGGACCAUCUACACCUGAGGUGGACUGUGGACCAGCACGUACCGGAGGUAGAAGUCCAAGUCAAACAUAGAAGGAUAGCCUCACUGAGCAACCAGGAGUGUCACCUGUACCCGAGGCGAUCUCAGCAGCAGCAGCAAGUCCCUGUGGUGGAUUUCCAUGCAGAACUGAGACAGGCAUUCUUAGCUGACAUACCAGGAGGUGGUUAA